AUGUCCUCCUCCUCUUCCUCGAAUCGUAGGCCUUGUACCCUUCGGCGAUCCCAACGUUCUAUGAAUCUCAAUCAGGAAACCUUCUUCCCUCCUAACACUACUUCCUCCUCCACCAAUGCUUCUCCCUUUUACUCUCCUCAAUCUCCUUCCGCCGCCUCUUCCUCCACCGCCAAACCCUCUCUCCAUUCCUCUCCAUUUUCCCAUCCUUCUCGACCCCCUUUUUCCGUAAAACGCUCCUACCUACCUUCCACCAAUACCUCUCCUUUUACCCAAACCGCUGUUCCUUCUAUUUCCAACUCUUCUACCACCCUCGCCUCUACUUCCCCCUCUCCUCCUUUUUCCCUCUCUUCUUCCUACAAGUCUUCCGGAAGCGCCCCAAAACGUACCUACUUUUCCACUUCCCUCACAAACGGUACUUCCUCUCCCCCUCCGCCCUCUCACCAUUCCUCCCCUGCUAACCUUUCUCCUUCCUCCUCUUCUUUUUUGUCCUCCUAUCGCAGUCCCUACACUCCCGCACAAAAACUUCGGAAAAAGGACCCUUUCUCUUCCCUCAAACACCCUCCCAAUACCUUCUCUUCCUCUCAACCUUCUUCCUUUUCCCCUUUUGCUACUUCGUCUCCCCAAUUCGUUUCUACUUCCACCCCAGGUCCCGCUGCUGCUGUCGCCGCUCCCCCUCCUCCUCGCUUUCCCUCUCAUUCUCACCGCCCUUCCUCUUCCUCCUUCUUCUCUCAAUCCUCACACGCUUUUGCUUCUCCUCAAAAGUCUCCUCAACGUUUCCCCGUCCAACAUCCAGUCGCAACUCCUUCAGCAGCUCCGUCUCCUUCCGUCUUUCUACCAACUCCUAAACGUCCAACUCCCCGUUCUUCUUCUUUUCUGUUUGGUAAAUCCAAUCCGGCCCCUUCUCCCUUUUCUUCCAUAAAACAUAAUGAUUCUCCCAUGCUUCACAAUCCCUCUCCCGAUCCAUCCUCACAUGAUGAUCACUCCUCCUCCUUUGCUUCCACUUCUACUCUUUUCCCAAACGCAACCCUUCCGAUUUCAAAUCCCGGCCACAAUCUUUUUACCACCCCAUUUCAACAGGUCAAACCUUCCUCCCAGGCUUUUCUCAGUACUGGUUUGCUUUCCAAACAGAGUAGGCCUCGUAAACCUUUUAAUCUUACGACUCCCUUGCCUCCAAGCACUCCUUCAAAGCCUUCCUCCGUUUUGCGUUCCAACAUGAAGCUAGCUGACUCUCCUCCUUCUCCUUCCACACCUUCCAACACGAAUUCUUCUUCUUUUGUCUUGCAAGGCCAAAGCACCCCCACCCAUCAAAACUCUUUUUCUUCCGCAAAACUCGGCAAGCCAUCUAUGGACUUUUUGAGGUUGCAGCCGCCCUCUUCUACCGUCAAGCAGCCCUCGGGAUCUGAAUUCCUUGCCCCUUCUACCCCUACUCGUAAUCCUUUUGAUUUUGAAAACUCGUCGAUGUACUUGGACGAGUUUCAUUAUCCCUCUCAUCAGCAUCGCAAUAACUCUGAAAUUUUUGCUGAAAUGGAAGAGGAAUCUGCAAUCCUGGGAAACCCCGCCAAUGUAAAUUCGAACUUGUCAUUUCCUUCUGCUCUUACCUCGAAAUCCCCCGAGUCACCUGCGGAUGAUUUACAUAAUCGCUUUCGAAAUAUCACCGUCCUUGGGAGGGGUGAGUUUAGCGAGGUUUUUCAAGUUGAAGAUCCUUUGGAACGAUCCUUAAAGUAUGCUGUAAAGAAAUUGAAGGUAAAAUAUAGUGGACCUAAAGAGAGAAGUCGUUUGUUGCACGAGGUUUCUAUUCAAAGGGCACUUAAGGGGCAUGAUCAUAUUGUUGAGUUAAUUGAUUCUUGGGAAUUUAACGGGUAUCUAUUUAUGCAAGUAGAGUUGUGCGAGAAUGGCAGUCUGGAUAGAUUUUUAGAAGAGCAAGGUCAGCUUUCUCGCUUAGAUGAGUUUCGAGUUUGGAAAAUUCUCGUGGAAUUGGCUUUAGGACUGCAGUAUAUACAUAGUAAGAAUUACAUUCAUUUGGAUUUGAAACCCGCGAAUGUUAUGAUCACGUUUGAAGGGACUUUAAAAAUUGGUGACUUUGGAAUGGCAAGCGUCUGGCCCGUCCCAAGAGGAUUGGAGCGAGAGGGAGAUUGCGAAUAUAUUGCUCCCGAAAUUUUGUCCAACCAUUUGUACGACAAGCCUGCCGACAUUUUUAGUCUUGGAAUUACUGUGUUCGAGGCGGCAGCUAAUAUUGUCCUGCCAGAUAAUGGCCAAUCUUGGCAAAAACUUCGUUCAGGCGAUCUUUCUGAUGCACCACGGCUUUCUUCCACCGAAGGCUCUAGUAACACUUCCUCUUCUCGUGAUUUGCCUAUGAACAGUAUAAUCGGUCAAGGAGGUCUCGAUCGUGUCGUUCAAUGGAUGUUGGCGCCCGAACCAAGAAAUCGUCCUACAAUAGAUCAAAUAUUAGCUACACCAGAGGUCAGUUGGGUAGAGCUCCGAAGGAAGGCUGGAGCUAUUAUUUAUGAAGGACUUCAUGGGUCUUCAGCUUCUCCUCAGGGAGAUCAAAUGAUGGAAGACUGGCAAGUCAACGUAUAG